UAAAAAAGAGAAGAGGUUGGCUAACGAACGAGGAGUGACGUCACUAGCGACAAUGCUCACUUACCUGAAGAUUCACCGCCAGCUCUAAUUCUUACCGUUUUUAUUGAUUGAUUUUGCCUACAUAUAAAACCGUAUUAAUUAUAAAGCAACAUAUCAAUCCUGCCUUGAUACUUCAGUCUUUAAAAACGCAAUUACACCCCGAAAAUGUCGCCAUCGCAAACACAAACACCCGACAAACAGGCCGCGCAAUCAAGCGGACCGGCGGUUCCGCAAUCCGUUCAGGCCACACAACCCGUACCUCUUCAAUCCAUGGACCCCAAGCGCCCGCAACCCGAGCAGCCCGAGUACGGAAAAUUGCGCGGAGGAGAACGCAGCUCAGUGUGCCCAGGUCGCUUCUGCUUCUGCAUUCCGUGUCCGUUGCCGUGCGACUUCUGUAUUAUUUAAUUCCAAGUUGCGGGCGUGUAUUCCUUGGUAUUUCGUGGGGUCGCUAUGGGUUUUAUUUGGUUAUUUAAAUACCAUUUUGGAUAUCUCAAUGUUACGCGUCUACCUGGGCAGCA